AUGCCGACCGAAUUCACCCAAUUUGUGAGAAAAUCCGCCACGUCGCUUACAUUAGCGAUGAACCCCUUUCGAGCUCCGUCUCGACUAGAGGGAGCUUGGCACAAGGUCGGCCUUGCAUCGACAUUUCCGGACGUUAAUAUCGACUAUGAUGGACGACGGAUCACAGCGAAAUGCAAAGCUUUCCGGAUCCCGAACCCCAAUACAAACGGGCCUCAAGACGCACGGUGUCCAGUCGAAGCGGACAUUGACUUACCAGGUGACCUGAAGGAUCAGGGGAGCCUCUUCGACAUCGAAGACUUUGGCGUCGUGCUCAGCGCCGGUAUCACAUGUCCCAAGCACGGCUGGUCCUUUGACCUCUUUUCCGGGCAGUCGGAUCGUGGCAACUACAAGCUUAAGGUUUGGGAGGUUCAGCUGCGUGACCCUCCCGCAUCAACUGAUGGGGCUUCUAAGGCUACCGACAAGGAGGUGUGGGUGAGGCGGAAGCCACGAAUAGGCUAA